AUACAUACACACUCCUGUAUGUAAUAAAAAUUUCUUGUCAUUGUCAUUCUCUCUCUAGCCCCCUAAAUUCUUGAUCUGAAAAUACACAUAUCCAGUCAGAAUCCACGUUCCCACCAUCGUCAUCUCACCUAUACACACACCUCCUCUGUAUCUAUAGCUCCGUCUUUUUCGCUUGCCCAAGCGACACUCUAAACACACAGUUAAUAUUUAUUUAUUCUCUCGUGUUUUGUUUAUUGUGUGUAAAUUUGUAUGUGAAUUUGUGUGUGAAUUGCGUGCAAUUGGAGGUGUUGGUUUGAUGAUUUGGGGGAGAAAUUGAAAUUAGGGUUGAUGUGUUUGUGUAAAUGCUUGUGAGAGGGGAUCUAGGGUUUGUGUCCCUAGUGGUUGUGGUUGUGGUGGUGGUUUGGGUUGUUUUGAGGAGGAAAUGGCGAACUGCGGUGUCGAGAAGGGAGGAGAUUAGGAGGUUGUUGGUUUUGGCUGCGGAGGAGUCGGCUAGAGUGGAGUUUGAGGCUAAGGUGCAGUAUUCCAGUGUGGCGGAAAGUGUGGGGUUUGUUGAGGAGGAGAGGAGGAAAAUUAAGAAGCCGGUGCAGAAUCAGUGUGCGCUGUGCUUGACGCCUACUAAGAAGCUUUGUUCGCAGUGUAAAGCGGUUUAUUAUUGCUCUGGGAAUUGUCAAAUUAUUCACUGGAGACAAAUUCACAAAGAUGAAUGCCAUCAGUAUGCCAUGUUUGGCAAGAGCAAUGAAGAUAAACUUUCUAGUCAGAAAGUGUUCAAUGAAGAUGUGAGCCAUGAUGAUAGCUAUGAGUUGGACAGAAGGCAGUAUGCUGAGCAAGUUAAAACUUCUCUUGAAAAAUAUACACAUGCCGGCGACCCUGAUGUUUUGCACACAAAGGAUGAAAUUGAAGACGUAGUAAUUGCUGAGGAUGUGGAAUCUAACUCGUCUGAUACUUCUCAUUUUUUUGAUGGGAGUUCUGAAUCAACUACUACCUCCAGUGAAGCUUCACUUGAUUCUUCUGUUUCGAGUAUGAAUGAUUCUGAUGGAUUAUAUGGGACUCGGACUGUUGCCAGUAUCGCAGUUAAGUCCGAAACUCUACAUGCCAAUGGGGAUCAAAGCAGGUCACCAGUUACCGAGAAAUCAUUCCAUCUGGAGAAGUCAUCCAUUGAACGUGGUCAGAACAAGCCUGUUUGUAGUGAUGGAGAUUGUGGUUGUGCGUCUUGCACUUCAUCUGGUCAGAAGAUUGGUGGUUCUAAUGAUUCUCUUUCUGAUCCUGCUACAACCUCCUCUGGAUUCUGGGAAGGAACCAUCAAAUCUAGGAGGUCUAGACAUGAUGCUGAUGAUAAUUGUACUCGUUCCAGUUCAAGUGAAUAUUAUAAUGGUAUAGCAUUGGGGACAGAGGGGCAUGUUAGUGAAGCUGCCUUAUUAGUAAAUUUAAAUAAAAAGGCUUCAACUUCCAGAAUGUCAACAUCAUUGAAUGUAAAAACGUCUACAAGUAUGCAUGCUGACUCUGUUGAUUCAUCGAUUAUGAAGUCUAGAGAGACUAAGUCUUCCCGAUCUAGCGAUUCUUGUGCUAAGCCAGAUGCCAUUGAUAGAGGGCACUUAGUAGCUAAAGACUCUAAGAGCACUAGUAGUUUGCCCUCAUUGUGCUCAGAAAGAUUAAACAAAGUAAGUAAUGAUACAAUUAUCUCUUCACGUGCUUCGAGAUCUCAGAAAGUUGGAACUAUGUUGUGCAAGGAUUAUGAUGCGGGCUUGACAUCCAGCCCUGGCACAGAUGAAGAUCACAAGGCAAAGUGGUUAAAUGUUGAUGAUGGUAUUCCUAGGGUUACCACUUCUUUGCCCCAGUUGCCAACUGUUGCAGCAAAUGCUAAAAAUGGUUUAAAACAAACAAUGUUGAAAGUUGUUGACCAGCUCAAGCCUUCCAAAGUUUCAAGACACUAUUCAAUGGGGGUUGGUAGUGAGAUUCUGGGAAAAUACACUCCCAAGGGCCUGUUUUCGUAUGAACAAUUUGUUAAGCUUUACAAUUGGAACAAAGUUGAAAUGCAACCAUGCGGCCUCAUAAAUUGCGGGAACAGUUGUUAUGCGAAUGCUGUGCUCCAGUGCUUGGCAUUUACACCACCUAUCACUGCUUAUUUCCUUCAACAGCUCCAUUCCAAGACAUGUCAAACUAAAGAUUGGUGUUUUACCUGUGAAUUCGAAAGUCUGAUUGUAAAGGCGAAGGAAGGAAAUUCUCCACUAUCUCCAAUUGAAAUACUUUCCCAUAUUGGUAACAUUGGGAGUCAUCUUAAUUAUGGGAAAGAAGAAGAUGCACACGAGUUUCUAAGGUGUGCCAUUGAUACAAUGCAAUCGUCUUGUCUUAAGGAAGCCACUAUAAAAAGCUCUGGCUCUUUGAAUGAAGAAACUACUCUUAUAGGCCUCACAUUUGGGGGUUACCUCCGGUCCAAGAUAAAAUGCAUGAAAUGUGGAGGCAAGUCUGAGCGCCAUGAGAGAAUAAUGGACCUCGCUGUUGAAAUAGAUGGAAACAUAUCUACCCUAGAAGAGGCUCUACGGAAGUUUACAUGUACUGAAAUUCUUGAUGGUGAAAACAAGUACAAAUGCAGCAGAUGCAAAUCUUACGAGAAAGCUAAAAAGAAGUUGACCAUAAUAGAGGCUCCUAAUGUCCUGACCAUUGCAUUGAAGAGGUUUCAGUCAGGGAAGUUUGGAAAACUUAGCAAGUCUAUCAAGUUCCCAGAGGUUUUAAAUAUGACCCCAUUUAUGAGCUCAACAAGUGAUAUGUCUCCAAUAUACAGACUUUAUGGAGUGGUGGUUCACUUGGAUAUCAUGAAUGCCUCAUUUUCUGGUCAUUAUGUAUGCUACGUUAAAAAUAUCCAAAACAAAUGGUUCAAGAUUGAUGAUAGUUCGGUAAAUGGGGUGGAACUUGAGAACGUCUUGACCAAAGGAGCAUAUAUGCUUCUUUAUGCGAGGUGUUCUCCACGGGCUCCAAAGUUAAUAAGAAACUCGAUGGUACCUCGUGAUCCAAGAAAACCAAAGAAUAUAUCGUUGUCAAGAUCGAACUCCACAGGUGCAUGUGAUUCUCCUAGAACAGAUCAUUUAAAUUAUCAGUCUGGUCAAGGCUUCUAUCGAGAUCACCCAAGUUUCCGACGGGUUUUUUCCUCACCGGAUGAUGAUUCAUCAAGUGACAAUUCUUCCUCAUUAUUCUCCGAGGCUUUUUCAUGCAGUACCGAAAGCAGCACAAAGGAUUCCACGAGCACUGAUGACUAUUUUGAUCAAAUAUUCGGUGAAUCUGGACACAACUCCUGGUGGAAUUCAUCAGACUCUGACACCUCAUCUUCUUCAUCUCCCUCCCCUUUGUACUCCAAAAAUAUGCACUGGACCAGCUUGGAUCAUAUUGCUACGAGAUAUAACAAAGGGAGCCACUAUUCAACUGAUUGUGUCGAAUAUGCUGAGGAUGGUCAUGUUUGGGCAAAACAACCAAGCAACUAUAGCAACGUUGAAAAUUUAAAAGGUAAAGGAAGUGUCCCCGUUUUGUAUUCUGACAAGGUUAAACAUUGUAGAAAAUUAGAUAGGAACAGUAAUUGUAGUAGUUGUAGGGAAACUAACUUAGACAAAGUAGGAAAGCUCAACCCUUUGAAUAGUGUAAAGUCUGGGAUGUCUCUCAGAAAAUCUAGUAGAGGAAAGCCGGAUAAAGAUUAAGCCGCAAUGGAGGAUUUUGAUAUAGCGAGGGAAGGAUUAAUAAGAGCUUGAGAGCCUGGGUAUUGGGGAGUAAGUUUGUUGUAUUUAUAUGUACUCUCUUGGCUUCGUUGUACAAAUGAGCCACCCUUUUGUCCCUGACCACCCCUUUUGCAGAGUUAAAUAAAAAUUGUAACCAUCUUGGCUUCUUCUGCA